AUGGUGGCACAGAGGUACACGCUGUCGGCACUGCGGUCGACGCUGUCGGCUGCCUCGAAUGCGCCGCGUCAAUCGGUGGCUACGUCGUCGCGCACGUUUGCCUCGAGCCCUUACAGCCGCUCGGAUCGACCACCCACAGGCAACUUCCCCCCAUCUUCGCAUCCGCAGCAGAACGACGCUUCAUCGAGCACAUUCAGCACUUCGAGGCCUGCCGCGAACUUUGGCACGGAGGGCGUCGGAUCCGAGUCCAAGCAGACGCACUUUGGCUUCAAGACGGUGGCGGAAGAGGAGAAGGAGUCGAUGGUGGCCUCGGUGUUCUCAUCUGUGGCAUCCAAGUACGACGUGAUGAACGAUGCCAUGUCGCUGGGCAUCCACAGGCUGUGGAAGGACCACUUUGUGUCGAAGCUCGAUCCUCGCGGGGGCAUCAAGGUGCUCGACGUGGCUGGAGGCACGGGCGACAUUGCGCUGCGCAUCCUCGACCACGCGCGCACCAAGCAUUUUGACCGCGAGACGCACGUUACCGUGCUCGACAUCAACCCGAGCAUGCUCAAGGAAGGCCAGAAGCGAUUCAAGCAGACCAUGUACUGGGGCGGGCCGCAGGUGACGUUCCAGCUGGGCAAUGCGGAGCAGCUCGACUCGAGCAUGCCCGUGCCACCGGAGCCCGUGCGCGGGCCGAACAGCAAGCAGCCGUACCUGCCACCGCUGAUCAGCGAACCCAUCGCAGACGAGUCGAUUGACCUGUUCACAAUGGCGUUUGGUAUCCGUAACUGCACGCACAUUGACGAGGUGCUCAAGCAGGCGUACCGCGUGCUCAAGCCGGGCGGCGUGUUCAGCUGCCUCGAGUUCGGCAAAGUCAACGUGCCCUUCCUGGCCGAAGCGUACAAGCAGUACAGCUUCAACGUGCUUCCGCCGCUGGGCCAGAUGCUGGCGGGCGACCGCGCAUCGUACCAGUACCUGGUCGAGUCCAUCGAGCGAUUCCCGACGCAGCCGCAGUUUGCCAGGAUGAUGAAGGAGGCGGGCUUCCACCUGCCCGGCUCGCCCACCGCCACGAGUCUCGGCUUCCCUGCAGAAUCUGGCAGCGCACCAGGCAGCGAGGAUGUUGCAGGCGCAUGGGAGGAUCUCACGUUCGGUGUCGCCACCAUCUGGACUGGCAUCAAGCUUUAA